AUGGUUCAAUUCAGGGGGUACCCGGCUCCGUACAAAACCGUGUCUGCUCGUGCGGCGUCUCCCACCAUCAUCCUCCGUCUUCCCGCUUCUGCAUUUCAGUCUGUGUUCGACAAGUAUCCAGAGACGCUGGUCCGAGUCAUUCAGAUUAUUAUGGUGCGUCUCCAAAGAGUCACAUUUCUGGCCUUACACAACUACCUGGGCCUGACCACGGAGCUGUUCAACCCGGAAAGUCUGGCCAUCUCCAUGGUGUCUGUGGCCAACGUCCUGGGGGACCGAGGCCUGCGCCGCCAGCCCUCACAGCAGGACGAUCAGGACACAGAAAAGUCCACUCCUUCAGAGUUGGGAUCCACGCGGUACAGAAAGUCUCGCUCGCUCUCCACUCCUCUGGCUGUUACAGAGGACAUGUCCAGCUCCCUCAACUCUGCGUACGAACGAGCCCGAGUCUCCAGAGAAGAGGCCACGCCCCCAAGUCCUUUAAAGUCCAUCCUGAAGAAGAGUGUGACGAUGGUCCACACUCCCUCAGCCGUGUACCAUUACACAGACUCAGGCUCGGGCUCGAACCAGCACAGUAAGGUCAGCGCUAUCUUCCAGGCCGCCAAGAAGGACCUGCUGCAGGUCAUCCAGCUCCAGAACGCCAGUUUAUUGGAGGGAAGAGUGAACCUACGACAGGUCCGAGCCGGGACCACUGUGGCCCAUCAGGGAGACCAGGACGUGAGUGUGGCGUUCGUGAUCUCUGGUGCGCUGCACGUGUACCAGCGGAUGAUUGACAGGGAGAAGGAGUCUCUGCUGUUCGUGACUCAUGCGGGGGAGAUGGUGGGGCACCUGGCCGUCCUCACCGGGGAACCCCUCAUCUUCAGCGUCAAAGCUCACCGCGACUGCAGCUUCCUCUGCAUCUCCAAGGCUCACUUCUACGAGAUCAUGCGUGAGGAGCCGCGGGUCGUGUUGAAUGUGGCGCACACCGUGGUCAGGAGGGUUUCUCCGUUCGUCCGACAGAUCGACUUUGCUCUGGACUGGAUGGCUCUAGAGGCGGGACGACCUGUCUACAGGUCAGUGUGGGCGUGUCCUCUACAGGUCAGUGUGGGCGUGUCCUCUACAGGUCAGUGUGGGCGUGUCUUUACAGGUCAGUGUGGGUGUGUCCUCUACAGGUCAGUGUGGGCGUGUCCUCUACAGGUCAGUGUGGACGUGUCUUUACAGGUCAGUGUGGGCGUGUCCUCUACAGGUCAGUGUGGACGUGUCCUCUACAGGUCAGUGUGGGCGUGUCUUUACAGGUCAGUGUGGGCGUGUCCUCUACAGGUCAGUGUGGGCGUGUCUUUACAGGUCAGUGUGGGCGUGUCUUUACAGGUCAGUGUGGGCGUGUCUUUACAGGUCAGUGUGGGCGUGUCUUUACAGGUCAGUGUGGGCGUGUCCUUUACAGGUCAGUGUGGGCGUGUGCUCUACAGGUCAGUGUGGGCGUGUCCUUACAGGUCAGUGUGGGCGUGUCUUUACAGGUCAGUGUGGGCGUGUCCUCUACAGGUCAGUGUGGGCGUGUCUUUACAGGUCAGUGUGGGCGUGUCUUUACAGGUCAGUGUGGGCGUGUCCUUUACAGGUCAGUGUGGGCGUGUCUUUACAGGUCAGUGUGGGCGUGUCCUCUACAGGUCAGUGUGGGCGUGUCCUCUACAGGUCAGUGUGGGCGUGUCUUUACAGGUCAGUGUGGGCGUGUCUUUACAGGUCAGUGUGGGCGUGUCUUUACAGGUCAGUGUGGGCGUGUCUUUACAGGUCAGUGUGGGCGUGUCCUCUACAGGUCAGUGUGGGUGUGUCCUCUACAGGUCAGUGUGGGCGUGUCCUCUACAGGUCAGUGUGGGCGUGUCUUUACAGGUCAGUGUGGGCGUGUCUUUACAGGUCAGUGUGGGUGUGUCCUUACAGGUCAGUGUGGGCGUGUCCUUACAGGUCAGUGUGGGUGUGUCCUUACAGGUCAGUGUGGGCGUGUUUUUACAGGUCAGUGUGGGUGUGUCUUUACAGGUCAGUGUGGGCGUGUCUUUACAGGUCAGUGUGGGCGUGUCUUUACAGGUCAGUGUGGGCGUGUCCUCUACAGGUCAGUGUGGGCGUGUCCUCUACAGGUCAGUGUGGGUGUGUCCUCUACAGGUCAGUGUGGGCGUGUCUUUACAGGUCAGUGUGGGCGUGUCUUUACAGGUCAGUGUGGGCGUGUCUUUACAGGUCAGUGUGGGUGUGUCCUUACAGGUCAGUGUGGGCGUGUCUUUACAGGUCAGUGUGGGCGUGUCUUUACAGGUCAGUGUGGGCGUGUCUUUACAGGUCAGUGUGGGCGUGUCUUUACAGGUCAGUGUGGGUGUGUCCUUACAGGUCAGUGUGGGCGUGUCCUUACAGGUCAUUGUGGGCGUGUCUUUACAAGUCAGUGUGGGCGUGUCCUCUACAGGUCAGUGUGGGCGUGUCCUCUACAGGUCAGUGUGGGCGUGUCCUCUACAGGUCAGUGUGGGCGUGUCUUUACAGGUCAGUGUGGGCGUGUCUUUACAGGUCAGUGUGGGCGUGUCCUUACAGGUCAGUGUGGGCGUGUCUUUACAGGUCAGUGUGGGCGUGUCUUUACAGGUCAGUGUGGGCGUGUCUUUACAGGUCAGUGUGGGCGUGUCUUUACAGGUCAGUGUGGGCGUGUCCUUUACAGGUCAGUGUGGGUGUGUCCUCUACAGGUCAGUGUGGGCGUGUCUUUACAGGUCAGUGUGGGUGUGUCCUUACAGGUCAGUGUGGGUGUGUCUUUACAGGUCAGUGUGGGCGUGUCCUCUACAGGUCAGUGUGGGCGUGUCUUUACAGGUCAGUGUGGGUGUGUCUUUACAGGUCAGUGUGGGCGUGUGCUCUACAGGUCAGUGUGGGCGUGUCCUCUACAGGUCAGUGUGGGCGUGUCCUCUACAGGUCAGUGUGGGCGUGUCUUUACAGGUCAGUGUGGGCGUGUCUUUACAGGUCAGUGUGGGCGUGUCUUUACAGGUCAGUGUGGGCGUGUCUUUACAGGUCAGUGUGGGUGUGUCCUUACAGGUCAGUGUGGGCGUGUCUUUACAGGUCAGUGUGGGCGUGUCUUUACAGGUCAGUGUGGGCGUGUCUUUACAGGUCAGUGUGGGUGUGUCCUUACAGGUCAGUGUGGGCGUGUCCUUACAGGUCAGUGUGGGCGUGUCCUUACAGGUCAGUGUGGGCGUGUCUUUACAGGUCAGUGUGGGUGUGUCUUUACAGGUCAGUGUGGGUGUGUCUUUACAGGUCAGUGUGGGCGUGUGUCUUUACAGGUCAGUGUGGGCGUGUCCUCUACAGACCAGUGUGGGCGUGUCUUUACAGGUCAGUGUGGGCGUGUCUUUACAGGUCAGUGUGGGUGUGUCUUUACAGGUCAGUGUGGGUGUGUCUUUACAGGUCAGUGUGGGUGUGUCUUUACAGGUCAGUGUGGGCGUGUCUUUACAGGUCAGUGUGGGCGUGUCUUUACAGGUCAGUGUGGGCGUGUCCUUUACAGGUCAGUGUGGGCGUGUCCUUUACAGGUCAGUGUGGGCGUGUCCUCUACAGGUCAAUGUGGGCGUGUCUUUACAGGUCAGUGUGGGCGUGUCCUCUACAGGUCAAUGUGGGCGUGUCCUCUACAGGUCAGUGUGGGUGUGUCCUCUACAGGUCAAUGUGGGCGUGUGUCCUCUACAGGUCAGUGUGGGCGUGUCCUCUACAGGUCAGUGUGGGCGUGUCCUCUACAGGUCAGUGUGGGCGUGUCUUUACAGUCAGUCUCUCUCUCCUCCUCUGUCUCCUCCUCUGUCUCCUCCUCUAUCUCCUCCUCUGUCUCCUACAGUUUCUCCUCUGUCUCCUCCUCUAUCUCCUCCUCUGUCUCCUACAGUUUCUCCUCUGUCUCCUCCUCUGUCUCCUCCUCUGUCUCCUCCUCUCUCUCCUCCUCUGUCUCCUCCUCUCUUUCCUCCUCUGUCUCCUCCUCUAUCUCCUCCUCUGUCUCCUCCUCUGUCUCCUCCUUUAUCUCCUCCUCUGUCUCCUACAGUUUCUCCUCUGUCUCCUCCUCUGUCUCCUCCUCUCUCUCCUCCUCUGUCUCCUCUGUCUCCUCCUCUGUCUCCUCCUCUCUCUCCUCUGUCUCCUCUCUCUCCUCCUCUGUCUCCUCCUCUCUCUCCUCCUCUCUCUCCUCCUCUGUCUCCUCCUCUGUCUCCUCCUCUGUCUCUUACAGUUUCUCCUCUGUUUCCUCCUCUGUCUCCUCCUCUCUCUCCUCCUCUGUCUCCUCCUCUCUCUCCUCCUCUGUCUCCUCCUCUGUCUCCUCCUCUCUCUCCUCCUCUCUCUCCUCCUCUGUCUCCUACAGUUUCUCCUCUGUCUCCUCCUCUGUCUCCUCCUCUGUCUCCUCCUCUAUCUCCUCCUCUGUCUCCUACAGUUUCUCCUCUGUCUCCUCCUCUGUCUCCUCCUCUCUCUCCUCCUCUGUCUCCUCCUCUGUCUCCUCCUCUAUCUCCUCCUCUGUCUCCUACAGUUUCUCCUCUGUCUCCUCCUCUGUCUCCUCCUCUUUUCUCCUCUGUCUCCUCCUCUGUCUCCUCCUCUGUCUCCUCCUCUGUCUCCUCCUCUCUCUCCUCCUCUCUCUCCUCCUCUGUCUCCUCUGUCUCCUCCUCUGUCUCCUCCUCUAUCUCCUCCUCUGUCUCCUACAGUUUCUCCUCUGUCUCCUCCUUUGUCGCCUCCUCUGUCUCCUCCUCUGUCUCCUCCUCUCUCUCCUCCUCUGUCUCCUCCUCUGUCUCCUCCUCUGUCUCUCCUCUGUCUCCUCCUCUAUCUCCUCCUCUGUCUCCUACAGUUUCUCCUCUGUCUCCUCCUCUGUCUCCUCCUCUCUCUCCUCCUCCACUCUCUCCUCCUCUGUCUCCUCCUCUCUCUCCUCCUCUGUCUCCUCCUCUCUCUCCUCCUCUGUCUCCUCCUCUGUCUCCUCCUCUCUCUCCUCCUCUGUCUCCUCCUCUGUCUCCUCCUCUGUCUCUCCUCUUUUCUCCUCUGUCUCCUCCUCUGUCUCCUCCUCUGUCUCCUCCUCUGUCUCCUACAGUUUCUCCUCCUCUGUCUCCUACAGUUUCUCCUCUGUCUCCUCCUCUGUCUCCUCCUCUGUCUCCUCCUCUAUCUCCUCCUCUGUCUCCUCCUCUGUCUCCUCCUCUGUCUCCUCCUCUAUCUCCUCCUCUAUCUCCUCCUCUGUCUCCUCCUCUGUCUCCUCCUCUCUCUCCUCCUCUAUCUCCUCCUCUGUCUCCUCCUCUCUCUCCUCCUCUGUCUCCUCCUCUAUCUCCUCCUCUUUUCUCCUCUGUUUCCUCCUCUGUCUCCUACAGUUUCUCCUCCUCUGUCUCCUACAGUUUCUCCUCUGUUUCCUCCUCUGUCUCCUACAGUUUCUCCUCCUCUGUCUCCUACAGUUUCUCCUCUGUCUCCUCCUCUGUCUCCUCCUCUGUCUCCUCCUCUAUCUCCUCCUCUGUCUCCUCCUCUGUCUCCUCCUCUGUCUCCUCCUCUAUCUCCUCCUCUGUCUCCUCCUCUGUCUCCUCCUCUCUCUCCUCCUCUAUCUCCUCCUCUGUCUCCUCCUCUCUCUCCUCCUCUGUCUCCUCCUCUGUCUCCUCCUCUAUCUCCUCCUCUGUCUCUUACAGUUUCUCUCCUCUGUCUCCUCCUCUGUCUCCUCCUCUCUCUCCUCCUCUAUCUCCUCCUCUGUCUCCUACAGUUUCUCCUCUGUUUCCUCCUCUGUCUCCUCCUCUCUCUCCUCCUCUGUCUCCUCCUCUCUCUCCUCCUCUGUCUCCUCCUCUGUCUCCUCCUCUCUCUCCUCCUCUCUCUCCUCCUCUCUCUCCUCCUCUGUCUCCUCCUCUGUCUCCUCCUCUGUCUCCUCCUCUAUCUCCUCCUCUCUCUCCUCCUCUCUCUCCUCCUCUCUCUCCUCCUCUGUCUCCUCCUCUGUCUCCUCCUCUGUCUCCUCCUCUGUCUCCUCCUCUCUCUCCUCCUCUGUCUCCUCCUCUCUCUCCUCCUCUCUCUCCUCCUCUGUCUCCUCCUCUGUCUCCUCCUCUGUCUCCUCCUCUGUCUCCUCCUCUGUCUCCUCCUCUAUCUCCUCCUCUGUCUCCUACAGUUUCUCCUCUGUCUCCUCCUCUGUCUCCUCCUCUCUCUCCUCCUCUGUCUCCUCUGUCUCCUCCUCUGUCUCCUCCUCUAUCUCCUCCUCUGUCUCCUCCUCUGUCUCCUCCUCUCUCUCCUCCUCUGUCUCCUCUCUCUCCUCCUCUGUCUCCUCCUCUGUCUCCUCCUCUCUCUCUCUCCUCUGUCUCCUCCUCUAUCUCCUACAGUUUUCUCCUCUGUCUCCUCCUCUGUCUCCUCCUCUCUCUCCUCCUCUGUCUCCUCCUCUGUCUCCUCCUCUGUCUCUCCUCUGUCUCCUCCUCUCUCUCCUCCUCUGUCUCCUCUGUCUCCUCCUCUGUCUCCUCCUCUCUCUCCUCCUCUAUCUCCUCCUCUGUCUCUCCUCUGUCUCCUCCUCUCUCUCCUCCUCUGUCUCCUCUGUCUCCUCCUCUGUCUCCUCCUCUCUCUCCUCCUCUGUCUCCUCCUCUCUCUCCUCCUCUGUCUCCUCCUCUCUCUCCUCCUCUGUCUCCUCCUCUGUCUCCUCCUCUAUCUCCUCCUCUGUCUCCUCCUCUGUCUCCUCCUCUCUCUCCUCCUCUGUCUCCUCCUCUCUCUCCUCCUCUGUCUCCUCCUCUCUCUCCUCCUCUCUCUCCUCCUCUAUCUCCUCCUCUGUCUCCUCCUCUCUCUCCUCCUCUGUCUCCUCCUCUCUCUCCUCCUCUAUCUCCUCCUCUGUCUCCUCCUCUCUCUCCUCCUCUGUCUCCUCCUCUGUCUCCUCCUCUAUCUCCUCCUCUGUCUCCUACAGUUUCUCUCCUCUGUCUCCUCCUUUGUCUCCCUCUCUCUCUCCUCUCUCUCUCCUCCUCUGUCUCCUCCUCUCUCUCCUCCUCUCUCUCCUCCUCUCUCUCCUCCUCUGUCUCCUCCUCUUUUCUCCUCUGUCUCCUCCUCUGUCUCCUCCUCUCUCUCUCCUCUGUCUCCUCUGUCUCCUCCUCUGUCUCCUCCUCUAUCUCCUCCUCUGUCUCCUCCUCUGUCUCCUCCUCUCUCUCCUCCUCUGUCUCCUCCUCUCUCUCCUCCUCUGUCUCCUCCUCUGUCUCCUCCUCUCUCUCCUCCUCUGUCUCCUCCUCUCUCUCCUCCUCUGUCUCCUCCUCUGUCUCCUCCUCUAUCUCUCCUCUGUCUCCUCCUCUGUCUCCUCCUCUCUCUCCUCCUCUGUCUCCUCCUCUCUCUCCUCCUCUGUCUCCUCCUCUCUCUCCUCCUCCUCCUCCUCUAUCUCCUCCUCUGUCUCCUCCUCUCUCUCCUCCUCUGUCUCCUCCUCUCUCUCCUCCUCUAUCUCCUCCUCUGUCUCCUCCUCUUCUCCUCCUCUGUCUCCUCCUCUGUCUCCUCCUCUAUCUCCUCCUCUGUCUCCUACAGUUUCUCUCUCUCCUCCUUGUCUCCUCCUCUCUCCUCCUCUGUCUCCUCCUCUCUCUCCUCUCUCUCCCUCUCCUCUCUUCUCCUCCUCUGUCUCCUCCUCUCUCCUCCUCUGUCUCCUCCUCUCCUCCUCUGUCUCCUCCUCUGUCUCCUCCUCUGUCUCCUCCUCUAUCUCCUCCUCUGUCUCCUACAGUUUUCUCCUCUGUCUCCUCCUCUGUCUCCUCCUCUCUCUCCUCCUCUGUCUCCUCUGUCUCCUCCUCUGUCUCCUCCUCUAUCUCCUCCUCUGUCUCCUCCUCUGUCUCCUCCUCUCUCUCCUCCUCUGUCUCCUCCUCUCUCUCCUCCUCUGUCUCCUCCUCUGUCUCCUCCUCUCUCUCCUCCUCUGUCUCCUCCUCUAUCUCCUACAGUUUCUCCUCUGUCUCCUCCUCUGUCUCCUCCUCUCUCUCCUCCUCUGUCUCCUCCUCUGUCUCUCCUCUGUCUCCUACAGUUUCUCCUCUGUCUCCUCCUCUGUCUCCUCCUCUGUCUCCUCCUCUGUCUCCUACAGUUUCUCCUCUGUCUCCUCCUCUCUCUCCUCCUCUGUCUCCUCCUCUGUCUCCUCCUCUAUCUCCUCCUCUGUCUCCUACAGUUUCUCCUCUGUCUCCUCCUCUGUCUCCUCCUCUGUCCUCCUCCUCUCUGUCUCCUACAGUUUCUCCUCUGUCUCCUCCUCUGUCUCCUCCUCUCUCUCCUCCUCUGUCUCCUCUGUCUCCUCCUCUAUCUCCUCCUCUGUCUCCUACAGUUUCUCCUCUGUCUCCUCCUCUGUCUCCUCCUCUGUCUCCUCCUCUCUCUCCUCCUCUGUCUCCUCUGUCUCCUCCUCUAUCUCCUCCUCUGUCUCCUACAGUUUCUCCUCUGUCUCCUCCUCUGUCUCCUCCUCUGUCUCCUCCUCUGUCUCCUACAGUUUCUCCUCCUCUGUCUCCUACAGUUUCUCCUCUGUCUCCUCCUCUGUCUCCUCCUCUGUCUCCUCCUCUAUCUCCUCCUCUGUCUCCUCCUCUGUCUCCUCCUCUGUCUCCUCCUCUAUCUCCUCCUCUAUCUCCUCCUCUGUCUCCUCCUCUGUCUCCUCCUCUCUCUCCUCCUCUAUCUCCUCCUCUGUCUCCUCCUCUCUCUCCUCCUCUGUCUCCUCCUCUAUCUCCUCCUCUUUUCUCCUCUGUUUCCUCCUCUGUCUCCUACAGUUUCUCCUCCUCUGUCUCCUACAGUUUCUCCUCUGUUUCCUCCUCUGUCUCCUACAGUUUCUCCUCCUCUGUCUCCUACAGUUUCUCCUCUGUCUCCUCCUCUGUCUCCUCCUCUGUCUCCUCCUCUAUCUCCUCCUCUGUCUCCUCCUCUGUCUCCUCCUCUGUCUCCUCCUCUAUCUCCUCCUCUGUCUCCUCCUCUGUCUCCUCCUCUCUCUCCUCCUCUAUCUCCUCCUCUGUCUCCUCCUCUCUCUCCUCCUCUGUCUCCUCCUCUGUCUCCUCCUCUAUCUCCUCCUCUGUCUCUUACAGUUUCUCUCCUCUGUCUCCUCCUCUGUCUCCUCCUCUCUCUCCUCCUCUAUCUCCUCCUCUGUCUCCUACAGUUUCUCCUCUGUUUCCUCCUCUGUCUCCUCCUCUCUCUCCUCCUCUGUCUCCUCCUCUCUCUCCUCCUCUGUCUCCUCCUCUGUCUCCUCCUCUCUCUCCUCCUCUCUCUCCUCCUCUCUCUCCUCCUCUGUCUCCUCCUCUGUCUCCUCCUCUAUCUCCUCCUCUCUCUCCUCCUCUCUCUCCUCCUCUCUCUCCUCCUCUGUCUCCUCCUCUGUCUCCUCCUCUGUCUCCUCCUCUGUCUCCUCCUCUCUCUCCUCCUCUGUCUCCUCCUCUCUCUCCUCCUCUCUCUCCUCCUCUGUCUCCUCCUCUGUCUCCUCCUCUGUCUCCUCCUCUGUCUCCUCCUCUGUCUCCUCCUCUAUCUCCUCCUCUGUCUCCUACAGUUUCUCCUCUGUCUCCUCCUCUGUCUCCUCCUCUCUCUCCUCCUCUGUCUCCUCUGUCUCCUCCUCUGUCUCCUCCUCUAUCUCCUCCUCUGUCUCCUCCUCUGUCUCCUCCUCUCUCUCCUCCUCUGUCUCCUCUCUCUCCUCCUCUGUCUCCUCCUCUGUCUCCUCCUCUCUCUCCUCCUCUGUCUCCUCCUCUAUCUCCUACAGUUUCUCCUCUGUCUCCUCCUCUGUCUCCUCCUCUCUCUCCUCCUCUGUCUCCUCCUCUGUCUCCUCCUCUGUCUCUCCUCUGUCUCCUCCUCUCUCUCCUCCUCUGUCUCCUCUGUCUCCUCCUCUGUCUCCUCCUCUCUCUCCUCCUCUGUCUCCUCCUCUGUCUCCUCCUCUGUCUCUCCUCUGUCUCCUCCUCUCUCUCCUCCUCUGUCUCCUCUGUCUCCUCCUCUGUCUCCUCCUCUCUCUCCUCCUCUGUCUCCUCCUCUCUCUCCUCCUCUGUCUCCUCCUCUCUCCUCCUCUGUCUCCUCCUCUGUCUCCUCCUCUAUCUCCUCCUCUGUCUCCUCCUCUCUCUCCUCCUCUCUCUCCUCCUCUGUCUCCUCCUCUCUCUCCUCCUCUGUCUCCUCCUCUCUCUCCUCCUCUCUCUCCUCCUCUAUCUCCUCCUCUGUCUCCUCCUCUCUCUCCUCCUCUGUCUCCUCCUCUCUCUCCUCCUCUAUCUCCUCCUCUGUCUCCUCCUCUCUCUCCUCCUCUGUCUCCUCCUCUGUCUCCUCCUCUAUCUCCUCCUCUGUCUCCUACAGUUUCUCUCCUCUGUCUCCUCCUUUGUCUCCUCCUCUCUCUCCUCCUCUCUCUCCUCCUCUGUCUCCUCCUCUCUCUCCUCCUCUCUCUCCUCCUCUGUCUCCUCCUCUGUCUCCUCCUCUGUCUCCUCCUCUGUCUCCUCCUCUGUCUCCUCCUCUAUCUCCUCCUCUGUCUCCUACAGUUUCUCCUCUGUCUCCUCCUCUCUCUCCUCCUCUGUCUCCUCUGUCUCCUCCUCUGUCUCCUCCUCUAUCUCCUCCUCUGUCUCCUCCUCUGUCUCCUCCUCUCUCUCCUCCUCUGUCUCCUCCUCUCUCUCCUCCUCUGUCUCCUCCUCUGUCUCCUCCUCUCUCUCCUCCUCUGUCUCCUCCUCUAUCUCCUACAGUUUCUCCUCUGUCUCCUCCUCUGUCUCCUCCUCUCUCUCCUCCUCUGUCUCCUCCUCUGUCUCUCCUCUGUCUCCUACAGUUUCUCCUCUGUCUCCUCCUCUGUCUCCUCCUCUGUCUCCUCCUCUGUCUCCUACAGUUUCUCCUCUGUCUCCUCCUCUCUCUCCUCCUCUGUCUCCUCCUCUGUCUCCUCCUCUAUCUCCUCCUCUGUCUCCUACAGUUUCUCCUCUGUCUCCUCCUCUGUCUCCUCCUCUGUCUCCUCCUCUGUCUCCUACAGUUUCUCCUCUGUCUCCUCCUCUGUCUCCUCCUCUCUCUCCUCCUCUGUCUCCUCUGUCUCCUCCUCUAUCUCCUCCUCUGUCUCCUACAGUUUCUCCUCUGUCUCCUCCUCUGUCUCCUCCUCUCUCUCCUCCUCUGUCUCCUCUGUCUCCUCCUCUCUCUCCUCCUCUCUCUCCUCCUCUGUCUCCUCCUCUGUCUCCUCCUCUGUCUCCUCCUCUGUCUCCUCCUCUAUCUCCUCCUCUGUCUCCUACAGUUUCUCCUCUGUCUCCUCCUCUGUCUCCUCCUCUCUCUCCUCCUCUGUCUCCUCCUCUAUCUCCUACAGUUUCUCCUCUGUCUCCUCCUCUGUCUCCUCCUCUCUCUCCUCCUCUGUCUCCUCCUCUUUUCUCCUCUGUCUCCUCCUCUCUCUCCUCCUCUGUCUCCUCCUCUGUCUCCUCCUCUAUCUCCUCCUCUGUCUCCUACAGUUUCUCCUCUGUCUCCUCCUCUGUCUCCUCCUCUGUCUCCUCCUCUGUCUCCUACAGUUUCUCCUCUGUCUCCUCCUCUGUCUCCUCCUCUCUCUCCUCCUCUGUCUCCUCUGUCUCCUCCUCUGUCUCCUCCUCUGUCUCCUCCUCUGUCUCCUCCUCUGUCUCCUCCUCUAUCUCCUCCUCUGUCUCCUACAGUUUCUCCUCUGUCUCCUCUGUCUCCUCCUCUGUCUCCUCCUCUAUCUCCUCCUCUGUCUCCUCCUCUGUCUCCUCCUCUCUCUCCUCCUCUGUCUCCUCCUCUCUCUCCUCCUCUGUCUCCUCCUCUGUCUCCUCCUCUCUCUCCUCCUCUGUCUCCUCCUCUAUCUCCUACAGUUUCUCCUCUGUCUCCUCCUCUGUCUCCUCCUCUCUCUCCUCCUCUGUCUCCUCCUCUGUCUCUCCUCUGUCUCCUACAGUUUCUCCUCUGUCUCCUCCUCUGUCUCCUCCUCUGUCUCCUCCUCUGUCUCCUACAGUUUCUCCUCUGUCUCCUCCUCUCUCUCCUCCUCUGUCUCCUCCUCUGUCUCCUCCUCUAUCUCCUCCUCUGUCUCCUACAGUUUCUCCUCUGUCUCCUCCUCUGUCUCCUCCUCUGUCUCCUCCUCCUGUCUCCUACAGUUUCUCCUCUGUCUCCUCCUCUGUCUCCUCCUCUCUCUCCUCCUCUGUCUCCUCUGUCUCCUCCUCUAUCUCCUCCUCUGUCUCCUACAGUUUCUCCUCUGUCUCCUCCUCUGUCUCCUCCUCUGUCUCCUCCUCUGUCUCCUCCUCUGUCUCCUCCUCUGUGUCUAAAAGUUUGAUUGAGUCGUACAUGACACUAUCAACAGGGACCAAAAGAGGAGAGAGGAGGUCCAUCUGCUGCAGGAGGACAGCAGGAGGAGGUCAGCAGGAGGACAACAGGAGGACAGCAGGAGGACAGCAGGAGGAGGACAGCAGGAGGAGGACAGCAGGAGGUCAGCAGGAGGAGGACAGCAGGAGGUCAGCAGGAGGAGGACAGCAGGAGGACAGCAGGAGGUCAGCAGGAGGUCAGCAGGAGGAGGACAGCAAGAGGACAGCAGGAGGAGGACAGCAGGAGGACAGCAGGAGGAGGACAGCAGGAGGUCAGCAGGAGGAGGACAGCAGGAGGACAGUAGGAGGAGGACAGCAGGAGAAGGACAGCAGGAGGACAGUAGGAGGAGGACAGCAGGAGGACAGCAGGAGGAGGACAGCAGGAGGACAGCAGGAGGACAGCAGGAGGAGGACAGCAGGAGGACAGCAGGAGGUCAGCAGGAGGAGGACAGCAGGAGGUCAGCAGGAGGAGGACAGCAGGAGGACAGCAGGAGGAGGACAGCAGGAGGUCAGCAGGAGGAGGACAGCAGGAGGUCAGCAGGAGGAGGACAGCAGGAGGUCAGCAGGAGGAGGACAGCAGGAGGACAGCAGGAGGACAGCAAGAGGUCAGCAGGAGGACAGCAGGAGGUCAGCAGGAGGACAGCAGGAGGUCAGCAGGAGGAGGAGAGUAGGAGGACAGCAGGAGGAGGACCCUCACUCGGAGCUACUUGAGCUCCGCGGCCCUGGACCCGGACAAGCUUCAGGGACUCUCCAGAGCCCGAGUGGAGAGCUGUGGAGGGUGACAACUGAACCGACUCCGGGAGGUCAAAGCCUUUGUGGUGGAGGACAUUCCUCUGUACCAUAA